AUGAGAAAAUCCAAAAUUGGCGACACUGCUUCCGUCGAGCACCACAUUGUGGAUAGCCUGGAGGCAGUCCAAGGCCUCCGCUUCACCAUGGUCGAGCGAUGGCCAUAUGAUCUUGAGGUGUACCUCAACGCGACUAUUGACGAGGAGCUGGAGUCCAAAGGCAAAGUCAUUUCGAUGCUCAACCUCCUUCUCUGUACCAGGGGCAAGCCUUCCCAAUACACCUACAUGAUCAACAUCGACGCUCUCAAGGAGGUAACGUUUAAUACCGCCUUCAAUGGGCGCCUCGACACUGCAAGGGGAACCAGCGGACCCAUUUCGCUUCGAACUGACCUGGAGGGCACCUUGUUUGCCAAGGUCAUCUUCAACUGCAAGACCAUCUCGCAUCUCCUUUUUGAGCGGUUUCACAUUUGCAUGCAGAGCGUCCGCGAGGUUCAAUUUUCGAAGUGCGCAACUCUUCACAAGCCGAACAAGCAAUGA